AUGGGCACACCCCGGCUCCUCUACGCCCUCGCUCUCGUCCUAUCGCUCCGACUCGUUUCUUCCCGGCCUGCCGAAGAUGGGAUGAUGCGGAAGCCGGGGAUUCAGAUCGCGGACGCACUGCAGACACCACUAGAAACCCAGCCCCCCGAAGAAGCAUCGUGGACCAGAGAAGGGCUCCACGGCCCCCCGGACCCAAGGCGGCACACGUGGGACCUGGUCGCGGAGCAGGGGUGCCAUCUCCGGAGCCUGCUGAUUCGCGUCAAGGACCUGGGCUUGGGCUACGACUCCGAGGAGACCAUCCUCUUCAAGUACUGCGGCGGCACCUGCCGCAAAGCCCGCACCAACCACGACAUGACGCUCGCCCUGCUGCUGCGGGACAGCGAGAUCCCGGCCGUGGGGGAGCCCUGCUGCCGGCCCUCCCGCUACGAGGAUGUGGCCUUUCUGGACGACAGCCACCAGUGGCACGAGGUGGAGCAGCUCUCGGCGUCUUCCUGCAGCUGCAUGGGCUGA